AUGUUAAAACUGUGGCCAGCAUCUAAACGGUUCAAAGAUAAUCCUGAGAAACUUCCAGGCCUUGAAAAGCUGGUGAAUCAACUCUUGGGGAUUCUUUUCGAAAGCGAGCUGAAUUCAGGCAAUAGAUACGAGUCAUUUAGAGAUCGAGAAGACAAAACGGAGAAGACGCUACUACACUAUGCUGCAGAACUUGGGUUUUUACAUGUUACCAAAGCACUUGUGAAGAGGUGUCCUCCACUGCUGGUUGAACUUACUAGAAGUCAACUCAGACCCCACAAAAGAGCGAUGUUACCGGUUGAAUUGGCAUUAAUAGGCGAGAGUGAUGAGGUGGCAGCAUAUUUAACUAGAAUGAUGUGGCAUGAAAGUGUCAAGAAAUUAUUUUCUCCAAGACCUGACGAUGAAACAACAAAUUCUAAACCAUCCCUCUUCAGUUUGAACUCAAUCAUCACCAAUAUUAAAAUGAAGAAAACAGUGGUGGCUGUGCUUGACAAGAUGGUUAACCCUCACUGGCCGUACCUUCCAAAACGGAAGGACACUUAUGUCUCUCAAGAAGAAAAGGAGGGAAUUGAAGGAGUUUGGAAGACAAUCCCAGAAGAUCCAUUGAACUAUUGGUUUCAUUAUGCUAUCUUGGAUAGUGACGAGGGAGGGAGACUGCCAAAAGUUUUGUUGUCAGGUGGACACAAAGAGUCAGAUAAUAAAUAUUUCAAGUGGAGAGACAAGUCAUGUUUACACAUGAUCGCAAAGAGCAACAAUAAGGAGGCCUUACAACAUCCAGUGGUUAGAAUGUUGAUUAAGACAAAAUGGAAAAGUUAUGGACAUUUUUUUCUCAGCCUUCAAGCAGGAUUGUAUGUGAUCUUCUUGCUGUUCUUAUCAUAUUCCCUGCUGUAUGGUUCUACCAAACCAGACCCCACCCAUUACAGGGGUGCAGCAGAUUUAUGGUGUGGAUUUUGUGAGAUUGCCACUCUUCUCAUGGUUGUGUUUUACAUAUGUGUAGAAAUGAAUCAAAUCAGAAUAUAUUCCUAUUUAUCAGAGUGGAUAACCCUGUUUGACUGGUUAGGCCUGUUGUUGAUCCUGUGUGUAAUACCCUUGAGGUACACUGGUAGCAAAGCUCAGUGGACGGUUGCUUCUUUAGCACUCUUGUUCAAUUUCCUGAGGAUAUUUAAGUUUUCAUGUGUGACAAGGACUACAGGAUUAUACACGAAAACCCUGGCUAAGAUCAUUCAGCAAGACUUGACAAGAUUCAUGGCAGUUUUUGUAGCAAUCUUCCUUCCAUUCUGUGGAUCCUUGUUUUUAUCUCUCCACUCAACCAAUCAAAACCAAGAGUUUAGUGGCUUUGGAGAUGUGUUAUUAAGUGGUGUUCGUGCCCUGUCCGAGCAACGACCCUUUGUGGCCGAUUAUUCAAGCUUUAAUUGGCUCUCCAUGCUGUUAAUGCUAAUGUACAUGGGAACUGUACUUGUGAUUCUGCUCAACAUACUCAUAGCACAGAUGAGCACGACCUACAUACAGGCCAAGAAAGUCGCCCGUCUGGAGUAUGAUGUGGAUCGUAUUUUACAGCUCACUCGCAUGGAGAGAUUUCCUUUUUUGAAUUUGCGCGUGAAGUAUUACAAAGAGGGAGAGUGGAUCAGUGAAAAGAAACUCGCUGAAGAGCUUCUUGAGUUCAGUGAAGAUCGCAAUCCUUGGGAAUCAGUUGAAGAAAAGCUUAACGCGAUUAGGUAA